AUGCCCUGGGAGGAGCACCCUGGAGGGGACCCACUGUGCCUGGAGCAAGGGAGUCCUGGAGCUCUACAUGGGAGGGGGAGAAGUGGUGGUGGGGUGUACUCAUGAAGCUAAUGCUAAGACUCUCACUGGGCAUACUGGGCCCUUUUUCCUCUGUAGUUUUCCACUGUUGUAGUAGUGUUAUGUCUAUGGAGCGGCAGGUAGCCUAGCAGUUAAGAGCAUUGGGCCAGGAACCGAAAGGUUCCCCAGCCGACUAGUUGAAAAAAAUCUGUUGUUGUGCCCUUGAGCAAGGCACUUAAUAGCUCCUGUAAGUUGCUCUGGAUAAGGGUGUCUGCAAAAUGAUUGAAAUGACUUGUGAAUUCACUAGUUGUUCAUGGAAGCCUUCCAAGGCACGUUCUCUCACGCAACACAGUAUCUCUUAUAGGGGGAUUAGGGUAACAACAGAUCGUACCAAUCACCUUUUGGUAAAGAAUUUUGCCUUGUACAGUACCACCCAGGAAAUGUAUGUUCUGUACUGUACACUGUAGUAUUUGCUUAUGUGUUCUGUUUACCCUUCACCUACAUAACACACAUGCAAUCCAGUAGCUAAAUGUAUUGACAAUAUUUUAUUACCGGAUCUAGGGCCAAUGGCAUUGUGUUUGUAUGCAACGUACGACCACUGUCUCAUAUUAUUUGUUUAUCCUCAAUUGUCAUAAAGCAUUCUGUAGAGUAGAUCAUGAACCACAUCUCUCUCUAUUGAUCCCUGUGUUAUGUCUAUGUCUGCCCCAGGUCAGGGUGGGCAGAGCGGACAUAGUGUGCCCCAUCACGGAGUGCAGUGGUUACCUGGAGGAGAGCCUGGUGGUGUCCCACCUGGGCAGUGAGGAAGUAGCCAAAUACAAAUACUUCCUGGAGCUAAGCCAGAUUGACUCUAGCACCAAACCCUGUCCCCAGUGCAGCCAGUUCACCUCGCUGAAAGGACGUACCCCCAGCAGGGCAGAGCACAAAUAUAAGGUGAGAGAGAGGGCCUAUACUGUUCUGAGAUCAGAUAUUAUACAGCAGGACUGAGCACAAGUAAAAGGUGAGUACAGGGCCUCUGCAGUUUGUAAUUCUUCUGAAAAUGUUGAGGUUUUUUGAAUCAUGGACAAAGUGCUUCUUCAUGUAUCAUUAAUGAGGGAGGUUUUAGUCCAUGCAGGCAGUUCAGUUCUUCUCACCACAUCUAUGCUUCUUAUACGCCAUGCAUCUAUCUAGCCAAUCACGUCUAUGCCUCUUAUACGCCGUGCAUCUAUCUAGCCAAUCACAUGUCUAUGCCUCUGCAGAUCCAGUGCAUGAAGUGCCAGUUUGUGUGGUGCUUCAAAUGCCAUGCCCCCUGGCAUGAGGGCCUGAAGUGCCGGGACUACAGGAAAGGGGACAAGCUGCUGCGUCACUGGGCUAGUAUCAUUGAGCACGGCCAGAGGAACGCCCAGAAGUGCCCCCGCUGCAAGGUGGGUGACAGGGCCAGGAGAGUGGAGAAUAAUAGCAAACCUUGCUAGAUAACAUAGCUACUGGAGGAAGAUUGUGGUUCACAGUUACAAUAAUAAUAAUAUGCCAUUUAGCAGACGCUUUUAUCCAAAGCGACUUACAGUCAUGCGUGCAUACAUUUUUUUUUGUUCACAUGUUCCUAAAGGGUGUUCACUUCACUGGGCAGGUGGAGACAGGGCCGACUGUUCUCUCCAGUGUUGUAUGUCAAUAACAAAAGAUGAUUGAAGAUAUGUUUGAGAGAGAGAGAGAGAGAGAGAGAGAGAGAGAGAUUUCUCCCCCCCCUUGUAACAAUGGCUGGAAAUGAAGCAUUCCAGGAAGUCAUAAGACGGAGUCCUUGGCAGAAAGUCAAUACCAAAUUAGAUUUACUAAGCCACGUCAGCUCUUUCUUUCAUACACAGUGAGAGUGCUAAUUCAUCUAGGUAUUGGAAGGAACUGUCACUGAGAUGUGGACUACUAGCUGGCUGUAUGUCCAUGGCAGCACUCUCCUCUCAAUGGAAUGUCAGUCAGCAUGAGUCAGGGAAAGGGGUUGAGUGAUGGGAAAGGGGUUGAGUGAUGCUCAGAUAUCAGGACAAAAUGUUCCAUUAUUUUCCCUCGAUUUCGAACCAAACCAAAAUACUUAUAUUCUGGAAAUACCUGCAUUGAGCUGACUGAUAAUCUAGUGAUUGUUAAUUAUAGUUAAUAAUUUGUGCAGAAAUUAGGGUCCAACUUUAAACUAACAACGACUUAUGACUUCAUGAAUGCUCUAUAAAGCUUUUAUAUGUCGCUCUCCCAAGAUCCACAUUCAGAGGACAGAGGGCUGCGAUCAUAUGAACUGCACCCAGUGCAACACCAACUUCUGCUACCGCUGUGGAGAGAAGUACCGCCACCUGCGAUUCUUCGGGGAUCACACGUCCAACCUCAGCGUGUUCGGCUGCAAGUACCGCUACCUCCCUGAGAAGCCCCACCUCCGCCGGCUGGUCCGGGGGUCCGUGUGUGGUGAGUCUGCCCAGCCUCAGCCCGGGCCCCAGAGGCCCUUAAACCCUUUAUAGAGGGGAUAUUUUGGGAUUCCCAUAACCUUUCAUGGUUAAUAUUAUUAGACAAGCAGGCAAUCAGUACCCUCUGACAAUAUGACAACUAUACUUAGACUAGGCCCUUAAGGGCUGAUUUAAAAAUAUGCUCUGAUUAGCAGCUGUAGUUUUACAGUCCUUCUGCCUCCCUUUAGAAUUCAGUCAUUACACUGCCCAUGACUUUCCUCCUUGGUCUCUGUGGUCAGACUCAGAGAGAUAGAUAGGCGGGGGGCGACGAGGAAACUUCAAUUACCAUGUGGGUGGCCUUUCAUCUUCUUAAUCAAUUCACACAAUAAUGAAGAUGAUCAAAACAGCAUGUACUAGCUUGAUGCUGCAGACAUGACUCUUUCACAACCCAUUUUCACAAUACGUCUAGUGCCUAUGCUAAAAGUUUGCAUUGUAAUUUGUCACGGCUCUGAAGUCGGAACAAUAACGGUAUACUGUAGUAGCCACCACAGUGGAUGAUUUGCAUGACCCUUAUCAGCAGAACUUCCUUAUCUGAGAUGACGCAUGUCUCUGUGACCCUGCCUGCUGUGUGAGAAUAGGGAACAGCGCUCCUGUUCUCUGAUAGGUGCUCUGACUGCAGCUCUGUGUCUGUCGUUCCCUCAGGGCCUUGUGUAGUGCCUCAGCUGUUGCUCCCUGAGUGGGAUUAGCUAAAGUUAGUCAGAGGCCAGCAGGGUGCCAAUGGAAACAUCUGACACACACUAACGGUGGGCUAAUGUGUCCAUCAGAGGGGCUACAACACCCCGUCUACCUCCCAUUAAAACACUCCGCUGCCUGCUCCCAUUCUCAUGUUUUAACAGCCUUGCCAAUGAAAUCAAACAUGUGAAUUAUCUAAACCGUAGUCCUUUAACUCGCUAGUGGCUGUUUUGAUUUAGUGGCUGUUUUGAUCCCAUGAGAAUGGGAGCAGGCAGCGGAGUGUUUUAAUGGGAGGUAGACGGGGUGUUGUAGCCCCUCUGAUGGACACAUUAGCCCACCGUUAGUGUGUGUCAGAUGUUUCCAUUGGCACCCUGCUGGCCUCUGACUAACUUUAGCUAAUCCCACUUAGGGAGCAACAGCUGAGGCACUACACAAGGCCCUGAGGGAACGACAGACACAGAGCUGCAGUCAGAGCACCUAUCAUUUAGGUUGGGUGUACUGUAAUGGCGCAGUACCUCUUUGAUAACCUGUUGAAAAUGUUAAUGUGCUAUGUGCGAAGGUGCUAUUCCAAACUGCCCUGGCCUCCCAAUGCUUUUUCAUGUGUGUACUUGUCCUACCCUUAUGCAUAUCUGUGUUGUCUCUUUGUCUCCCUCCCAUUCCAGUGAGUAAAGUGGUGGUGGCCCCUGUUGUCAUAGUCCUGGUGGUGGUGGUCAGUGCAGUAUCCCUGGUCAUAGGUAAGCAAUGUUACAUCCUGUUAUAACAUGAAACCACUGCAAUUACCCACUGUUUUAAUCCUGCUCUUUUAAUCCCUCGAUAACAACAUGAAACAUUACAUAACCACUGGUGCUUUAGAGAUACAGUGGGGGAAAAAAGUAUUUAGUCAGCCACCAAUUGUGCAGGUUCUCCCACUUAAAAAGAUGAGAGAGGCCUGUAAUUUUCAUCAUAGGUAUACGUCAACUAUGACAGACAAAAUGAGGAAAAGAAAUCCAGAAAAUCACAUUGUAGGAUUUUUAAUGAAUUUAUUUGCAAAUUAUGGUGGAAAAUAAGUAUUUGGUCAAUGACAAAAGUUUCUCAAUACUUCGUUAUAUACCCUUUGUUGGCAAUGACACAGGUCAAACGUUUUCUGUAAGUCUUCACAAGGUUUUCACACACUGUUGCUGGUAUUUUGGCCCAUUCCUCCAUGCAGAUCUCCUCUAGACCAGUGAUGUUUUGGGGCUGUCGCUGGGCAACACGGACUUUCAACUCCCUCCAAAGAUUUUCAAUGGGGUUGAGAUCUGGAGACUGGCUAGGCCACUCCAGGACCUUGAAAUGCUUCUUACGAAGCCACUCCUUCGUUGCCCGGGCGAUGUGUUUGGGAUCAUUGUCAUGCUGAAAGACCCAGCCACGUUUCAUCUUCAAUGCCCUUGCUGAUGGAAGGAGGUUUUCACUCAAAAUCUCACGAUACAUGGCCCCAUUCAUUCUUUCCUUUACACGGAUCAGUCGUCCUGGUCCCUUUGCAGAAAAGCAGCCCCAAAGCAUGAUGUUUCCACCCCCAUGCUUCACAGUAGGUAUGGUGUCCUUUGGAUGCAACUCAGCAUUAUUUGUCCUCCAAACACGACGAGUUGAGUUUUUACCAAUAAGUUCUAUUUUGGUUUCAUCUGACCAUAUGACAUUCUCCCAAUCCUCUUCUGGAUCAUCCAAAUGCACUCUAGCAAACUUCAGACGGGCCUGGACAUGUACUGGCUUAAGCAGGGGGACACGUCUGGCACUGCAGGAUUUGAGUCCCUGGCGGCGUAGUGUGUUACUGAUGGUAGGCUUUGUUACUUUGCUCCCAGCUCUCUGCAGGUCAUUAACUAGAUCCUCCCGUGUGGUUCUGUGACCAUUUUGACUCCACGGGGUGAGAUCUUGUGUGGAGCCCCAGAUUGAGGGAGAUUAUCAGUGGUCUUGUAUGUCUUCCAUUUCCUAAUAAUUGCUCCCACAGUUGAUUUCUUCAAACCAAGCUGCUUACCUAUUGCAGAUUCAGUCUUCCCAGCCUGGUGCAGGUCUACAAUUUUGUUUCUGGUGUCCUUUGACAGCUCUUUGGUCUUGGCCAUAGUGGAGUUUGGAGUGUGACUGUUUGAGGUUGUGGACAGGUGUCUUUUAUACUGAUAACAAGUUCAAACAGGUGCCAUUAAUACAGGUAAUGAGUGGAGGACAGAGGAGCCUCUUAAAGAAGAAGUUACAGGUCUGUGAGAGACAGAAAUGUUGCUUGUUUGUAGGUGACCAAAUACUUAUUUUCCACCAUAAUUUGCAAAUAAAUUCAUUAAAAAUCCUACAAUGUGAUUUUCUGGAUUUUUUUUCCUCAAUUUGUCUGUCAUAGUUGACGUGUACCUAUGAUGAAAAUUACAGGCCUCUCUCAUAUUUUUAAGUGGGAGAACUUGCACAAUUGGUGGCUGACUAAAUACUUUUUUCCCCCACUGUAUAAUCUAAAAUGUGUUACUUUCCCUUGGGUCAGGUAUGUUGUGUGACUCUACUUGUUCAAUGGCUGUGGUGUGCUGGAGAAGGCCACCUGUGUUUUGGUGAAAAUUGAUAGAAGCGGCUAAGUGUCUGCUUGUCCACUUCAGAUAGCACUGCUACACUGGGCGAUGGGAGGAUGACACACUGAUGUAAAGCUGUUGACAGUCACUUUCUAAUCCCACUCACAAAUUAUCUUUACUGUUAUGUGUGUCCGCAUUUCAAAGGUAACAUGUUCUUAGUGCGAACAACAGAACAGUAUUGAGAUUAUUAAAGUAUUUCCUUGAUCGACCACCAAUACUGUUAACACUUCCUUGUGAGAGGUGUCACUUAAUUUGCUUGCAUUAACUGUCAGUCAUUUCCCUGAGCUUAGUUCCUGCUCAUACUAACCUGCCUGUUCUCUCCUGCUCUGCUCUCUCCUCAGGUCUCGUGGCCUUUCCUAUCUACUACAUCUGUAAGAAGAGACGGCGGCGCACCCAGGGUACUGGCCGUUGGCUCUGA